AUGUGGGGUUAUGAUGAUGAUGACAACGGAAGCCGUUUUGCGUAUCGUCCUAACUCGAGAGAUGACCGUGAGAAGAGUAGACGAAGUGGAUUUCGAAGGGAUGGGACCAGAGGACAAGGCAGAGGAGGUGUAACGGGUGGAGAUAACGUCAUGUGGGGAAAACAGAAGAGGAGGAAAGUAAGUCGUGAUAGAGAAGACGCCAUUAAGGCUAAAAGAUUCAGGGGAGAUAACUUCCGAAAAGGAAGGGACACAGAAGGAGCGAGAGGAAGGGGACAUGAUGGAGAGAGAGGAGCUGGAAGGGAAGUUGGAGGCCAAAGAGGCAGUAACAGAGGAGGCCCAUUCCGCCAGCGCUACGACAGGCAACACGACGGACAGCGAGGCGUUCGGCCUAGAGGCCGCUGCCAAAGAGGGGACCACGUGGCUCAGAACGCAGCUAGAUCUAGAAGAGAAGGCUAUCGGACACGGGAAAAUACUAGAUAUGGACAGACCCAAGGAAAAUACCCAAAUAUCCAAAGUAACUUCAGACCACUAAGUUCCACACUUCUCAUCGAAAUACUUGAAAAAGACCCUUCCGAGGCCGCUACAGAACUUGGGUCCCUAAAAGGAAGCCUUCAAGCCAGUCUCAAUGAAGACUCGAUGGAUGAGGUACAACAGCAUCGUCUUUGGGGGGCUCUAGCAUUUAUUUGCGGAGCUCUAGGUACAGAACAAACAGUGAUCAUGCUCCUGACAAUGGCCCUCGAGUCCAAACUCUGUCGUCAGCAUUUACUCACGUUUUUGACCAAUCUCAGGCGUCCAAGAGAGAACAUCGACGCAAGGCGGUUAAACCUUUUGAAGAAUGUCAUCACUGUCUUCCACUCAGCCAUGCAAAGUUUGCCAAGCCGUGCUUCAGAUCUCAAAGUUGCAGUCACUCUCAUCUCCGAUGCUGUAGCAGACAUGGAUGAAGACGACAAACGUGAUGACAUCAUGGAGUCAAUAAAGUCGUUGAGUAGUCACAAUGAGGACAUUGAAAAAGAAAGGGAAAGAAAGAGACAGAUGGACCGCAUUUCUAAGAACCCACCUCCUGACGACUUCCGCCAGCAAGACAUUCUUCCCACUGUCAAGGAAUUGCAACCCGGAUAUAAGCCGUUUCUCCGCCCUCAUCUGACUAGCGGUGUAUAUGCCGAUGCAGACCACUACCUGGAUGUUCAGUUCAGACUCCUGAAAGAAGACUUCGUCUACCCUCUUCGCAAUGGGAUAUCAGAGUACUUAACUUUCAAGAAGGCGAACCCUGAAAGAAGGGCCAAACUUCAGGAUGUGCGAAUCUACGAGGAAGCCCACUACGUAAAAUCUGUCCGUGAUUUCUCCGGAAUUUCACAUUACAUGGCUUUUAAGAAGUUACCUCGUGUCCGAUGGCAAACGACAAAACGACUCAUGUACGGAUCAUUGCUCAUCCUAUCAACGGAUGAUUUUAAGUCCUACGUAUUUGCUACAGUGGCCAAACGGGACGUAGAAGAAUUAGAGAAGGGAAUGGUAGCUAUAGCAUUGGUCGACCAAGAAGAUGCAUCAUGUCUACAUAAUAAGAAUUUUGUGAUGGCAGAGUCCUCUGUCUUCUUUGGAGCUUAUCGCCCAGUUCUCCUGGGUCUCUAG